ACUACUCUCACUUCAUCUUCAUUCACAUCACAUUCAAACGUGGAAAUUAGAACAAGUUUCAAAGAAUGGAUCAUAGGCUCAGCCAAAAAGGGGUGUCCUUUUCUGAUCCACAUUCACGACAACACACACCAGAUGAUGAACAUGUAACUGCAGUUGCAGCAGCUGCAUUUUCCAUUCAUUCAUUAGAAGAAGCAGGGUUACUUAAUUUGCAGAAAAUGAAAGAGAGUCCCAAAUUUUCAAGGACCAAAACUGUGAAAGCAAAAGAGGAGAAAAUAUCAAGGCAACCUAGUAAUGUGAGAGGGGAAAUUUCAACAAAAAGGUCAUUUGGACAAGAACUUGGUAGGACAACAGAAAGUGCAUUUCCUGUUAGACUACCCUCUUCAAGGACUAUAUCCCCAGCAGAAGGGUAUCAAAACAAUAAAGGGGUCCCAAUAACACAACACAAAAUUAAUGACAAGGCAAAAGUGUGGGAAAAGGCCAAGUUAGAAAGGAUUCAAAAACGGUAUGAGAAGAUAAGGUCCAAAAUCCUUUCUUGGGAGAGUGAGAGAAAGAUUCAAGUCAAACUACACAUGGAAAAGAAGAAGAGAGAAUUGGAGCACAAAAGGGCAAUGGAAAUGCAACAUUACAAGAACAAAAUAACAAGGAUAGAUAUGAUAGCACAAGGAGCAAUAGCACAGUUGGAAGAACACAAAAGAAAACAAGAGUCCAAGGCCAGAGAAAAAGCUAAGAAAAUCAGAAAAACAGGAAAGCUCCCUGUCAAAUGUUUCUGUUUCAAAUCUUUAUAGGACCGAACCACUAGAUUCGGCUUAAUAGUUCGGAAAAAUUCAUGAAGAUUUAGAUUCAAUUCUUACUAUUGUGUGUUGUAAUCUUUUUCUAUCAAUAAAAAAAUCUUCAAAGGAUCAAGUCAUUUAGUCAGACCCUGGAAAACAAAACAGUAGGAAAUGUCAUGUUGGUUCAAAAUAUUUCUUAAUAUGGCUUACGAAAUCUAAUUGUAUCACACAUAACUAAGGUUAAUUUUAUACAAGUGAU